CUGGGAUGGAUCUGGGGUCAGGCAGAAGCUGGGAUGGGGACUCGGAGACUACCUUCCAGCUGUGGCUGCAGCUGCUUCUCUGGGGCCAUCUGAUUAUACGCUUCCUGGGCUACCUGUGCCACGUCCUCUGGGCACCUAAGCCGCAGCCAGCACCCUGA